AUGGCAAGUCUCAGAGCAACCUCACGCCUCUUCACGGCGGCUCGCCCAGCAUUCAGACAAUCAAUUCGCAGCUUCGCAUCUGUAUCCGACACUGCAAAGGGCGGAGCUGUCCCACCUUCCAAGACCUCUACGAUCAAAGAACCCACCCACGAUCCGGAGGCAAAAAUCAAGACCUUCCACAUCUACAGAUGGAACCCAGACGAGCCAACCUCGAAGCCUCGCAUGCAGAGCUAUACCUUGGAUCUGAAUAAGACUGGACCCAUGAUGUUGGACGCUUUGAUCAGAAUCAAGAACGAGGUUGAUCCCACCUUGACAUUCAGGCGGAGUUGCCGUGAAGGUAUCUGCGGAAGCUGUGCUAUGAACAUCGAUGGUGUUAACACACUGGCCUGCUUGUGCCGCAUCCCUACCGACACCAAGCAAGAAUCGAAGAUCUACCCUCUCCCACACACCUACGUCGUGAAGGACAUCGUACCUGAUCUUACUCAAUUUUACAAGCAAUACAAGUCCAUCAAGCCAUAUCUGCAAAACUCCACUCCUCCACCAAACGGCAAGGAAUAUCUCCAGAGCAAGGAGGAGCGUAAGAAGCUGGACGGUCUCUACGAAUGUAUUCUCUGCGCAUGCUGCUCAACAUCUUGCCCCUCAUACUGGUGGAACAGCGAAGAGUACCUUGGUCCCGCAGUCCUGAUGCAGAGCUACAGAUGGUUGGCAGAUUCACGAGAUACCAAGAACGAGGAGAGAAAGUCUCAAUUGGACAACAGCAUGAGCUUGUACCGAUGCCAUACCAUUCUCAACUGCUCGAGAACAUGCCCGAAAGGUUUGAACCCUGGCUUGGCAAUCGCUGAGAUCAAGAAGGAGAUGGCUUUUUAA